AUGCACCACCCCACCCCUCUCCAGCGGCACCCGCCAGGCCUCCUGACGCCCUCUGGUUGGGACACUAAGUUGGGCUCUGCCCCGGGCUCCGUCACUGACACACUUGGCCGCCUGGGGGCGCUCAAGGCGCGGUCCGCGCCAACGUCCCCGAGAGACAUCCGGUACCUGCUCACCCUCCUUUACCCGCACCCCUGUAGGAGGUACUUCAUCGACUCCGCCAACCUGAAGACCCACCUCCGAACCAAAGACCACAAGAAAAGGCUAAAGCAGCUGAGCGUGGAGCCCUACACUCAGGAAGAGGCUGAGAGGGCAGCGGGUAUGGGCUCCUAUGUGCCCCCCCAGCAGCUGGCAGUGCCCACCGAAGUAUCCACUGAGGUCCCUGAGAUGGACACGUCUACCUGACAUGGCCUGCAGGUGCAGGGCAGAGCCGCCGCCCAUGGACAGUGACGCAGGGCUAGGCUGGGAGAGACUGUGCCAUCCUUUUUUGGCCCUGAGUUUGCAAGUGGGCGCCCUCCACUCAAAUAAAGGAACUGGAUAAAGAGUG